GGGCAAAUCGAAAUCCCCAAAUCGAGAGAGAGAGGGAGAGAGAGAGAGAGACUCACGCAGGGAGCAGCGAUGGGGAGUGGACGCCCGAGGGAAACAGUUGGUCGGGCGAUGCCGCGAAGGGCGACGGAGGCGAACAGACAACAGAGUCGGCACGUCACCAGAGCCGGAAGACGGCAGAGGUGAAAUUUUUCGUCGGAUCAGUGAACGCUGCUAGAUUGCGGGUCUGCGGAGCAGUGACCCGGGUCCAGUGGCGCAGGUACUCUUUCGCUUCUUGUUCUUUAUGUUUCGCGCGAUCUCACGCACCAGCCGCCUCUACGCCUGUCAUCGCUGCAGCUGUUGAGGACCUGAGGUCCACCACCACAUUCCGUCCGUGAAAAGAACCACCACCGAAUCUCCAGGAACCACCAUCGCAAGGACUCCAUACGUGAAGAGGACUUCUUGAGGUUGAGUAGUUAUAAUCGCAUGGCUGAAAAGGGUGGUACAGAUAGGGAACUGACAAAUGAGCAGGCCAUUGCUAAUGCAUAUGGUGUCAUGAGGUCAGAGAUUAACCAACUGUACUCAAAGAUCACAGAGCUGGAGAUGGAAGUUAGUGAGCACUCGCUUGUGAUUAAUGCGAUUCAGCCACUUGACCCAUCAAGAAAGUGCUACCGGAUGAUUGGUGGUGUGCUGGUUGAAAGAACAAUCAAGGAGGUCUUGCCUGCCGUUCAGCGCAACAUGGAGGGAUUAAAAGAGGUAAUUUCUCAGCUUAACGAAGCCUUGGAGAAAAAGAAGCAGAAAUUACUUGAGUUUGAAACCAAAUACAAGAUCAGGAUAAAGAAAGGUGACAACGAAUCACAAGAUGAAGGUGCACGCAAGGAAGGCUCUGCACAGGGUGUGUUGGUCGGCCCUGCCAGCACUGAAAAAGAGUGACAUCUUGGAAGUCUCUGCACAAGGUGUAUUUGUGGACCCCUGCUGACAAUGAAAUGGAAGUACGAUAAAUAUUCUCUGAAGGAAAAUAUUCUACCUCCUUCCCAUCGAAUUAGUUGCGUGAAAUAUGCAGGUUUUGGUUGUUAUUUUUGUUUCUUGACAGUCAAAUUUUGCAACGGAUUGUUCGGCACGUCAGUGAUGUCAAAAGAAGCUUAUCUUCUGGUUUCCUACUAAUUGUAAAAUUGAACUUCCAGGGUUUGGUUCA